AUGUUUUCUACAAAACCCACAAAGCCAACUUUCAAGUCAUACCUCCCACCCGUGCAGACAGAGAAGCCCAUUGAUCCGCCCAUCAAAAAGGUGGAGCCCAAGUUACUUUUGGGGGAGAUCGUAGUUAAUGAAGUGAACUUUGUCAAGAAAUGCAUUGGCAAUGAAAACGGCCAGGAUGAUCUUUGGGGAAAGUUGAUCUGCACCAAUUUUAAAGUUUCAUUCAUUCCUCAAGAAGUUUUUCCAAAACAGAAUAUUCAUCUGUCCCACCUUUUGCUUGGAGAACAUGACAUCCCACUGACCUGCUUGGAUCAAGUUGUAACAGUUAAUGAUGCAAAGGGCAAAAAGAAAGUCUUGGGUUCAAACCAAAAGCUGAAGUUUAAUCCCACUGAGCUCAUCUUGUACUGCAAAGACCUGAGGGUGAUCCGGUUUUGUUUUCAUGAGGCUGGUCCAGAAAGUGCCAAAAAGGUUUGCCUUGCUAUUGCUCACUAUUCACAUCCUGCCGAUCUUCACCUUUUAUUCGGCUUUGAAUAUCAAGGGCGACGAUAUCAUGAACUUAAAGAAAGCGAAAAGAACUGGUCGAUGCCUCAAGUGGGUCUACAAACUGUUGUAUUUGAUCGUCCUUCUGAUUGGGAUCGAGAGAUUAAAAGAACCGGAGCUGCAGAGUGGAGAGUGUGUUCCAUCAAUGAGCGUUAUGGCAUCUCCCAAAGUCUUCCUGAGUACAUCGUGGUACCAGCAUCUCUGGCUGAUCAAGAUCUAAGGCAGUUCGCUAUAUAUUUUAUGGACAGCCGCCUACCUCUUUGGUGUUGGAAUCACCCCAAUGGUAGUGCCCUUGUGCGCAUGUCAAACAUUGCUGAUCCGAUACAACAGAAAAAAAUUGAGCAACGGAUCCUCAAUGCUGUCACAAGAAGCCACCCGCAGCACAGUGAGGUCACACGGGUUGACCUGGAAAAGUUCUUACCGAACACCCAGGACAUUCAGAGUGCAUUUUGUAAAAUUAGACAAAUCUGUGUGAUUGAUCCAUUUGAAGAGUUAGAGGAGAGAUGGUUUUCGAGUAUUGAGAACUCUCGCUGGCUGGAGUACAUAAGGGCCUUUCUGAAGCAGGCCACAGAGAUUGUCUACUUGAUGGAGGGAAAGGGUAGUUCAGUUAUAAUCUCAGAGGAAGAAGAUCGAGACUUGAACUGCAUUGUUUCCUCUCUGGUGCAGCUCAUGCUGGAUCCUCAAUAUCGAAGCAUUUCAGGCUUUCAAAGCUUGGUGCAGAAAGAAUGGGUGAUGGCUGGACAUCGCUUCUUGGACCGAUGCAACCACUUAAAGAAGAAUGACAAGGAAGAGUGCCCGAUGUUCUUACUUUUCUUGGACUGUGUCUGGCAAAUGACUAAUCAAUAUCCAGCUGCAUUUGAGUUUACAGGAACCUACCUGACUGUUUUGACUGAUAGCAUGUGGAUUCCAUUCUUCAGUACAUUUCUUUUCAAUUCAAGUCUUCAGCGUACUCGGCACUUAUUGGAGUUUGCCAAGAUAAAGGCUAUCCCUCCAGGGGAAGAACAAAGUGUUUAUUUCCCUCCAGUUUGGGAAUGGUCACAACAGUUCUCUGCCAAAGAACAAACCCUUUUUAACAACCCCAUGUAUGUCGGAAAAGGUGCUGCUUGUGUUCAAAAUGGUGAAGUGAAAACGUUUAGACGCACAAAGAAAGCCUACAGUGCGUCUGUAAAAGGAAUCCUUGUGUCUGUUGCAAAUGGCCUCCGAGAUGGAGAUGGAACACUGGCUCGCCGAGCGUCUUUUAUGUCUGAGCUGAAGCCAGAGUUCUCACCUGUAAAAGACGUGGUUGAAAGCCCGUCAGAGAUGUUUUUCAGAGACUGGUUUUCUCGACCUGUUGACCUGCAUGGAAACUUGUGCCGCCGUAGCACACUUGGGACUCCCAUCAGCAAGUUUCUGAAUGGUGCAAAGAUAUGGCUCUCCACUGAAACUCUUAAUGAUACAAUCUGA